AACUGUAAGUCGCUCUGGAUAAGAGCGUCUGCUAAAUGACUAAAAAUGUAAAAUGAUGAUUUCCAAUUCAAAUACCGAACACAGAAGAGCGCCGCUCUCAUCAGUGCAUGCAAAUAUGUGGUUUUGUGUGUGUGUGUGUCCGUCUGUCAUGGCCAGUGCCAUGGAGGAAUUCCAGGUGACCGUCCAUACCUUACCUGCCCCAACCUCUGGAACCUACAGCAUCCUAUGGCUCACUCUGAUUGGCUCAGAGGGUGGCGAAACCCCGCCCAUCUCAGUGAACGCUGGGGCCAACCAGCACCACCUCCUACCUGGAUCAGCCUGUGUGGUCAGAGUGUGGUCAGAGGUGGCACUGGGUCGGGUGGUUCUGGUCCGGCUACGGUUGGAGGCUCGGAUGGGUUUCCCGGACCUGGACUGGCACUGCAGGGGGGUGGAGGUCAGGAGGCUGUGUGACAGACAGGAGGAAGAGGCGGGUCUACAUCACCAGGGGGCGGAGCACUUCCCUUGUAGCAGGUGGCUCCGGUCCGUAGAUGGUGACGUGGAGCUACGGAACGGAGACUUGUGUCUGUUCAACUCAGAGACUGUGCAAACACUGAAGGACCACAGACUCAAAGAACUGCACACUAAACAGCAGCACAUCAGGUGGCGUACGUUUGCUGAGGGAGUUCCUCACUGUGUGGACAUGACCAGUCUGAAGGAACUGGGACCCAACCUCAGCUACACACGCCAGAGCCCAGGCAUCAAUCUGCAGUAUCUGAGGGGUUUUCCUGAGAGAGCUGAAUCCUGGAGUAGCUUUACUGAGCUGGAGACCAUGUUCAGCCACAAUGGGAGCCAGAAUACUGUCGCUAAGUAUGUGCAGGCCCAUUGGUCUGAGGACUGGUUCUUUGGCUACCAGUGUUUGAACGGUUGUAACCCUCUCAUGGUGCGACAGACACGCCUCCUCCCUCCCAACCUGUCAAUCAACUCUGACAUUCUCUGCCCCUUCCUGCCUGACGGAUCUUCACUGGACCAGGAGCUAGAGAGAGGGUCUAUUUUCCUGCUGGACUACGAAAUGUUGGAAGGUGUCCCGGCCAACGUGAUCAAUGGGAAGCAGCAGUAUCUCGCCGCCCCGCUAGUCCUUCUGCACCUCAACCAGCAGGGGGAGCUCAAACCCAUCGCCAUCCAGCUGCAGCAGGCCCCUGGCCCUCAGAACCCAGUGUUCCUGCCCUCUGACCCUGGCCCUGAUUGGCUGUUGGCUAAGACCUGGGUGCGCUGCUCAGACUUCCAGUGCCACCAGCUCUCCUCUCACUUCCUCAGAACCCACCUGCUGGGAGAGGUGUGUUGCACUGCCACCCUCAGGCAGCUGCCGGAAGUACACCCUCUACACCAGUUGUUGAUGCCUCACAUCAAAACCACACUACAGAUCAACAUCCAAGCCAGGGGCUCUCUACUGGCUGCCAACGGAGUGUUUGACAAGGCCAUAGGCUGUGGUCUGGAGGCGUUGCCUGUAAUUUUGUCACGAGCCACAGAGCGUCUGAGUUACCGCUCCCUGUGUGUCCCUGAAGACCUGGCAGACAGAGGGAUACACACACUCAAACAGUGCUACUAUGCACACGACGCACUGCGAGUGUGGAACGCACUGCACAGAUUUGUGAGUGGCUGGGUGGAUGUGUAUUACCAUGGAGACCAGGAUGUGAAGCAGGACUCUGAGCUGCAGAGCUGGAUCACAGAGAUCUACACACACGGCUUCCUACAGCUCCCUCACUCAGGUUGCCCACAGUCAUUCCAAACCAAACCAGAACUCUGUCAGUUUGUUACCAUGGUGAUAUACUGCUGCUCUGCGCUGCACGCUGCUGUCAACUUCUCUCAGGUGGAUUUUGACCUGUGGAUGCCCAACUGCCCAGCAUACAUGACGCACCCCCCUCCCCAGACCAAAGGCAUGUUGACGGAGGAAGAGAUUCUCUCUAUCCUCCCGGAUGUCAACUCCACCUGCAGCCUCCUCAUCACUCUGUCCCUAUUGUCCCAGCCCGCUGCCGACUACGUGCCUCUGUGUCACUACCGUGAGGCUGUGUUCAGCAGUGGUGCCCCUCGCAGGCUGGUGGAGAAGGUGCAGGCCGAGCUCAGGGCCAUUUCUGAUGAUAUCACAGACAGGAACAAGAAGCUGGAGCUGCCCUAUGAGUACAUGUCCCCCGACCGCAUUGAGAACAGUGUGGCCAUCUGAGCUGCUGCGAAUACACACACACAGACACGCAUGCACACACAGACACACAUGUUAUUUUAUUCUAUCCUCGUGGGGA